AUGAGUGCCCACGACAAUGAGAACGAGGAGCUCAUCGACUACGAGGACGAGCAUGACGUCGUCACCAACGGUGCCGCAGUGCCAUCGGCGUCGAACGGUGUUGCAGUCGCAGCAUCUGUCGCCGAGGGUGAAACAGACAAAGAAAAGAAAAACUUUUCGGGCAUCCACUCCACCGGUUUCAGGGACUUUCUGUUGAAACCUGAGUUGUUGCGUGCCAUCAGUGACCUAGGUUUCGAGCAUCCCUCGGAAGUCCAGCAGGAAUGUAUUCCGCAGGCGGUGCUCGGAAUGGACGUCCUGUGCCAAGCAAAGUCUGGACACGGCAAAACGGCGGUGUUCGUUCUUGCGACCUUGCAACAGCUCGAGCCUGUGAACGGCGAGGUGUCGGUCAUUGUGCUGUGCCACACCCGUGAACUGGCGUUCCAAAUCAAAAACGAAUACACCCGGUUUGCCAAGUACAUGCCCGACGUACGGGUCAGCACUUUUUAUGGUGGUACACCAGUUGCGAAGGAUGCGGAACUUCUCCGUGACAAGAACAAGUGCCCGCACAUUGUGGUCGCCACACCCGGUCGAUUGAAUGCCCUUGUGAGGGACAAGGUCUUGGACGCGUCGAAGGUCAAGCACUUCAUCCUGGACGAGUGCGAUAAAAUGCUGGAACAGCUUGACAUGCGCCGUGAUGUACAAGAAAUAUUUCGGGCCACGCCGCACCACAAGCAGGUGAUGAUGUUCAGCGCGACAUUGGCGAAGGAGAUUCGUGCGACGUGCAAGAAAUUCAUGGCCAACCCUCUCGAGAUCUUCGUUGACGACGAGACAAAGCUCACCCUCCACGGUCUUCAGCAGCACUACGUGAAGCUGGAGGAGGUCGGAAAGAAUAGGAAGCUGAACGAGCUCCUGGACACCCUCGAAUUCAACCAGGUCGUCAUCUUUGUCAAGUCCGUUGCUCGUGCGAUCGAAUUAGACAAGCUGCUGGUGUCCUGCAACUUCCCAAGUAUCAGCAUCCACUCCGGAUUAGCCCAGGAAGAACGUAUUAACCGAUACACUGCCUUCAAAGCAUUCGAGAAGCGGAUUCUCGUGGCGACUGACAUUUUCGGCCGUGGUAUCGACGUUGAACGUGUGAACAUUGUCAUCAAUUACGAUUGCCCUCCCGAUGCAGACAGUUACUUACAUCGUGUCGGACGUGCUGGACGUUUCGGCACGAAGGGUCUUGCUAUCACCUUCGUGUCGUCGGAAGCCGACCAGCAGGUGAUGGCUGCUAUUCAGUCGCGAUUUGAGGUUGCGGUGCCCGAGUUGCCGGAUCACAUAGAUCCCGCUAGCUACAUGACUUCUUGAAGCCCGUCUCUUGUCCUGUAAUCCUGUGUUCAUUUGUC